CGGCGAAGGCAACAUUCGCGUGGCGAACAAGUUUUAAUUUACAUUUAUGACCUUUGCUCUUAAUAAUUCGAAAUAGUAACUUCGGUGAGUAUAACGUUAUUUCAACAGUAAAAAGGGACAUUGUAUUGUUUCUAGCGGCAGCGUAUUAUUCACCACGACUGAGUAUAAUAUAUAAUUAGGGCCGCACUUUCGCAAUCAUGGAGAUUGAAAUUUUGAGUGUAUCAGGCUCAAAACCAUUGGGAAAAAUACAUGUAAAUGAGGACGCUACUAUUAGGAAUGUAAAAGAUAAAAUACAUCAAAGUAUUAAAAAGUCGUUAUAUCCUGACCGACAAUCAAUAAAAUUAGAGGUUAAAGGCCGGUCCUUAAAAGAUGAAACGACAUUAAAAUCUUUGAAUAUUGAUAAUGGAGCGAAAUUAUAUUUACAAGAUCUCGGACCACAAAUUUCUUGGAAGAAUGUUUUUCUAGCAGAGUAUGCUGGCCCACUAUUUGUGUACUUGUGGGUAUAUCAAAGACCUUGGCUUUUAUAUGGAAAUGACUCAUCUGAACCGGGAACUGUGGCUACAAUUGCGGCAGUUUGUUGGUCGUUUCAUUAUGGUAAACGUAUAUUUGAAACAUUGUUUGUCCAUCGUUUCUCGCACAGCACAAUGCCUCUUAGGAACUUAUUCAAGAACUGCUCAUACUAUUGGUUGUUUGCACUUUACAUUGCCUAUCAUAUAAAUCAUCCUCUUUAUACUGCCCCAUGCAGCACAUGUUUCUAUGUUGGCUUAGCAGGAUUUACGAUCUGUGAGCUUGGCAAUCUUAGUAUUCAUAUUCUGCUCAAAAAUCUUCGUCCUCCAGGCACAAAAGUGAGGCGUAUCCCGAAACCUGAUGGCAAUCCUUUUUCACUUCUCUUCAACUAUGUAUCCUGCCCAAAUUACACAUAUGAAUUUGGGUCUUGGGUAUUCUUUACUAUAAUGACUAAAUGUGCUCCUGUUGGAAUAUUUGCAGUUGCUGGAUUAUAUCAGAUGUCAGUGUGGGCCAUUGGCAAGCACAGAAACUACAAGAAGGAGUUCCCUGACUAUCCCAAAAGUCGAAAAUCUAUUCUGCCAUUCAUUCUCUAAGCGAUACUUUCAUAUAAUGACAAGUUAUCAUAGUUACGAGUCUUUCUACGUGAGUUGAAAUGUAGAUUAAGGAACUGUUUUUUUUUUAACAGUUGGGUUGCCAAAAAUGGGUUCUUAAUAUAUAUUAAUUGGGUCUUAUAGGGAGGUGAGGGAAUUUUUAAAUUUCAAUUAUAGCUUUAAUACAUAAUUGUGCUUAUAAUAGUUUCUGUUAGAACUGAUAAUUGUUUAAUUUAUUAGCAAUUUAAAAGUUGGUGUUCCGUUUAAAUGUUGUUUGUGUAAAUCGUCAUUAAUAAAAUAAGCUAAAUAAAGGCAUUUAAUAUUUUCGGCUUUUCUGUA